AUGUCGACCUCAAUCGCUCAAUGGCACAGGGUCUGUAUAGGACGCUUCGAAGCGUUUCACGCCUGCCUUAAGUCUGAUGGACAAUACAACAACCAGGUAUAUUGUCAAUUCUUUGAUGAACAUGGUAGAUUUAAUGUCUGGGCGGGCAAUAUUGGGGCACGUCAGAAUGGGCGCGCCUCCCUAGACUUCCGCCUUAGGGAAGCAGAACACAUUAAGGAUCAGGUUGUGAGUCUCUUGCGAUAUCUUAGCGAGACGCUUGAUGAUGACUCCGAAUCGUCCGAUGAGGACGAAUUGCUUCCAGAAUCCACGUCCAGCGAGCGUUUGAAAAGACUUGGGGAAAGCAUAUCAAAAAUUGUCGCUAAUCUGUACAAGACCUCGGUUGUGAUACGCAGAGGAAAUAACAUUUACGACAGACUCGUCCGCUCAGCGAAGAUCGACGUGUCUUAUUAUGAGCCAUUCGACGUUCAACAUGCUCGGAAUAAAUUUCCUGCCGCAGACGAGUGGCUUGUUGCUCACCUGGGUAAGGCAAAUAGUCGGCGGCGCCAGUAUUUAGAAUACUGGUUGCAGCAUCACGAGAAACUCGCAGCUCCAGCUCAGACCAUAUCAGCGGCUACAGCCCAAGGUACUCCCGCCGCGGGAGAAGACGACUCCAGAGCGACUAGGACAGUGCGUGAAGAGAGCGCCACAUUGUCAGGUAGUCAUGGAUCGUCAACUACUGCUACUACAUUAGUGGCCUCUAAUACUCCAGAGUCUGCAGAUGUUGACGUCUACUCAAAAAGCGGAACCGUAAGUUCUGAUCAAGCUUCCCUGGCCGGGGACGAAAAGUUGAAUUUACCACUCCCUCCAAAAGAGUCUAUCGAUGGUCAAGAUUUUCAGUGUCCGUAUUGCUAUACUGUUUGCAGACUCACCGGCAAGACAGACACGGCGCGAAAAAGGGAAUGGAAGAGACAUGUCUUUCGAGAUCUUCAACCAUAUACUUGUACAUUUGCCCAAUGUCCAAGGGCGGACCGUGCAUUCGAGCGAAAGAGUGAGUGGUUCCGUCAUGAAAGUCAGGCUCACAGAAGGGAAUGGUGCUGCAAUGCUCCUGGCCACCGGGCAACUCAAGACGGGCGCGAGUUCAAGAAGCAUAUGGAAGAGGCGCACGGUAUCUCUGAUUUUCAAGAAGAGGCCCAUGCCGUCUUGGCCUUGUGUGAAAGGCCAUUACAAACUACAAGAAGCUCUUGUUCAUUAUGUCACGCCACCGAGGCAAACGAGCUUAGCCCUGAGCAGCUCAAAAAACAUCUAGCUCAACACCUAGAGAGUCUGGCCUUGUUCGCCCUUCCGAGGAAUAAUGAUAAGCGUGGCGAGAAGUCUGCCGCAUCUGAUGUUGCUGCUGAAGCCUCAAAGAAAGGUCACUUGAGCACGUCUUCUCCUUCUGCCGGUGAAAAUCCCAAGACCCAUCUUGCUGCAAAAUCUAGUGCAUCUUCAGAUCUCCUGACAAAAGUGGUCGCUGAGCCUGUAUUGCCAUCCGAUUCUCCCAUCACGCAAACUGGUAAUGAUGAAGAUUCCACGGACUACCACCCAUCUUCUAACUGGGCUUCUGCUCUACCUGAUCGCUCUGUUAAAGGAGUUUCGACCUCGCUUCGUGUGGGAAAAUCAGAAUCCACAAUAUGGUAUUGCGGCAAUUCAUUGAUUGCAGAGGACAUGAAUGCCUGUCAUCACGUCAAGAGGUGCCUAGAAUAUCUUAUUAACGCAAUAUCAGACGUCGAGUUCGAACGAGACAGAGCUUCUGAGAGUGAGGAGCAGGCAUGA